GCGGCGUUUGAAAAUUCUCGGAGUACUAGGUCUUACGUUCGAAGUUCUUCACAUUGUUGCACCUCAAUUCUCCUACCUAGAACCCGUUUGAGCAUCCGAGGUCGGCGCACAACUCCAAAUUAUCGUUUUUCUUUAAUUAUCCGAAGAAAGGAUGGUAAGAGAUUAGGGAUGGUAGAGAAGGAGGAUGAGGUUGUUAGCAACAACUCGGAGGCAUAUGAGAUUGAUCGAGGGAAGGAGAAUGAUGAAGGUUUUAAGGGCUAG